AUGUCGAAGCGAACGAGGCUUGAGGGCUUCAGCAUCCCGCGCCCCACGUCCUACAGCUUCGAGCGCUCCCAGCCCGCCCCGCGUCUCUACGUCCCCGCUGAGGAUGACCUCGACGACAUCGCCUUCUCCGACGACGCCGCCGCCCCCUCGGAUGCCGCGGAGGGAGGCAAGGCGGAGGAUGAAGAGAUCGACCCGCUUGACGCCUUCAUGGCGGAGAUCCAGGAGGAGAUUCGCGCCCCGCCCCCGCCGCCCAAGCCCGAGGCCCUCCGCCUCGGGGACUCUGACGAGGAUGACGACCCAAUGGAGAGCUUCCUGAGGGCCAAGAAGGAUGCCGGGCUCGCGCUUGCCGCCGACGUUAUGAACGCCGGGUAUAAUUCCGACGAGGAGGUAUACGCUGCCGCCAAGGCCGUGGACGCCGGCAUGAUGGAGUAUGACUCGGACGACAACCCCAUAGUUGUGGACAAGAGGAAGAUAGAACCCAUACCUCCCCUGGACCAUUCGACUAUCGAAUACGAGUCGUUCAACAAGGAUUUCUACGAGGAGAAGCCGUCCAUUUCAGGGAUGAAUGCUGAAGAGGUGGCUGAUUAUAUGAAAAGUUUGGCAAUUCGGGUUUCAGGCUUUGAUGUGCCAAGGCCAGUUAAAAACUUUGCGGAUUGUGGGUUUCCUGUUCCGUUAAUGAAUGCUAUUGCCAAGCAGGGCUAUGAAAAACCGACAACAAUUCAGUGCCAGGCUUUACCUAUCGUACUUUCAGGGAGAGAUAUCAUUGGUAUUGCGAAAACCGGUUCAGGCAAAACUGCAGCAUUUGUGCUCCCUAUGAUUGUUCACAUUAUGGAUCAGCCUGAGCUUGAGAAAGAAGAAGGUCCAAUAGGAGUGAUAUGUGCUCCGACAAGAGAAUUAGCACAUCAGAUAUACCUCGAAGCUAAGAAGUUUGCUAAGCCUUACAACCUUCAAGUUGCUGCUGUAUAUGGUGGUGUUUCCAAAUUUGAUCAGUUUAAAGAACUGAAAGCAGGCUGUGAAAUAGUUGUUGCUACCCCAGGGAGACUAAUAGACUUGCUUAAGAUGAAGGCAUUGAAGAUGUUUAGGGCAACUUAUCUAGUUCUUGAUGAAGCUGAUCGCAUGUUUGAUCUUGGUUUUGAGCCACAGAUACGAUCCAUCGUAGGUCAAAUUAGACCAGACCGACAAACCUUGCUUUUCUCUGCAACGAUGCCAUACAAAGUGGAACGCUUGGCUAGAGAAAUUUUGAGCGACCCUAUUAGAGUUACAGUUGGUCAAGUUGGCAGUGCUAAUGAAGACAUCAAACAAGUUGUGAAUGUACUCCCUUCCGAUGCUGAGAAGAUGCCAUGGCUUAUCGAGAAAAUGCCCGGGAUGAUUGAUGAUGGAGACGUUCUUGUGUUUGCAGCUAAGAAGGCUAGAGUCGAUGAGAUUGAGAACCAGUUGAAUCAGAGAGGAUUCAAAGUUGCAGCACUUCAUGGUGACAAGGAUCAGGCAUCUCGCAUGGAGACACUACAGAAUUUCAAAUCUGGGACUUACCAUGUUCUUGUUGCAACUGAUGUUGCCGCACGUGGUCUGGACAUAAAGUCAAUUAAAACAGUUGUGAACUUUGACAUUGCAAAAGAAAUGGAUAUGCAUAUUCAUCGCAUUGGAAGAACUGGCCGCGCUGGUGAUAAAGAUGGCACUGCAUAUACUCUGAUUACGCAGAAAGAAACCCGAUUUGCAGGUGAACUGGUUCAUAGUUUGAUUGCUGCUGGUCAAGAUGUGCCCAAUGAACUUAUGGAUCUGGCAAUGAAGGAUGGGAGAUUCAGAGCAAACCGUGACUCUAGAAAAGGUGGGAAGAAAGGUGGCAAAGGUAAAGGUGGUGGAGGCGGCGGUGGCAGCAGCGGUGGUGGUGGUGGGGGUGCACGUGGACGCGGGCGUGGCAUACGUGGAGUUGAUUUCGGCCUUGGCAUAGGCUACAGUACUGAAUCGGGGCCACAAGUACCUGCUCCAAGGUCGGCAACUGUAAACGCGUUGAAGACAGGAAUGAUGCAAAAUUUUAAGAGUAGCUUUGUCUCAGCGGCUUCGAGUAUGCCGAGCAACAGUGCGCCUUUGAGGGCUGCUCAGUUUGUAAGACCGGCACUUCGUGGUUUUGUCUCUGGUGGCACCAUAGGAGGAGAUGCAGGCGCAGCACGGCCAGCACCACCGGCACCCUCCUUUGUCUCCACAUCCAGACCUGCAGGAAACACUAAUGAAAAUACGAACACAACCCCUGAAAGCUCGAGGGAUCAACGGAGAGAGAGAAAGCGACCAUCCGGUUGGGAUCGCUAGCAAGAUUUUGAACCAAAUUUUCUCCAGUUUUGGUUUGUCACCUUCCCGAAACGUAUUGAUGUAGAUUGUACAUUAUUACAUGAUGUUAAUGAUAAAAUGUUGUUCCUACUUAUCCGUAGUGAGCUGUCUCCGUUCUAUUUAUGUCCCGAUGUACUGCUAGACAUCCUCCAAUCUGCUAGGUGUUAUUCUCUCUGGCCUUCUCCUGGCCACUGGCAACACAGUUUGCAUAAUGUCCUGAUUAUCAAGUCCACAGUGUGCAGAUCAAUGUAUGAAGAUCGACAAUAAGUCUCAUCUUGGAAUGGAAUUUUAUAUUGCGCUGAUA